AUGUGGUCUGCACUGGGCCUGGCAACUGCUUUGCUGUCGCUCUCUUCUCUGGUUGCUGGUGAAGUCAAACCAACCUUAUUGACACAGCUACCUCAAGACUGGAGGAUCGAAAACAUCGCCAUCCUCUCGAACAGCACGCUGAUUAUCCCCAACUCGUAUACGGGAGAGCUUUUUGGCAUUAAUCCUCUCCAUGGCGCGUCUGGAGCAACUCCUUACUUUGUGACUUCAGUGGCACCAUACUCUUCUGCCAUCUUUGGGCUCGCAUCUCCAACCUCAGACACUAUUGCUGUUACAGCAAAUAAUUUUAAAUGGAACACAGGACAGGUGGUCAACGGAACCAACGCAGUUCACCUGAUCACACUUACAAAGUCUGGACCGAAGGCGGAGGUUUUCCCUUUCCCUUCGGCGGGCUGGCUUAACGGCCUGACGCCGGUUCCUGGUGCUCCGCAUUAUCUUCUGAUUGCCGACUGCCAUGCCGGUUCCCUCCUUCGCCUGGACACACGGACGAGAUCAAUCAAAACAGUGAGCACGGAUCCGCUGUUCGCCACUGUGCCGUCGCCAACCCUCUCCAUCGGGAUAAACGGGGUUCACGCCCUCGACCGGUUCGUGUACUUUACAAACACUGACCAGCGCCUGUACGGGCGGCUUGCCAUCGAUAAAGAGGGUCUUGCGGUCGGAAAACCCGCCGAGGUCAUUACGACUGGUAUCAAUGGGUCGACAUUCGACGACUUUGCAUUGCGGAGCGACCACACGGGCUUUUUGGCCACUGGCAUGGGGAUCAAUGGAAUCGAAAAGGUCACGGAGAGAGGGAAAACCGAGAUAGUUGCCAGCUGGGAGUUUGGGUCGUCGGAAAUCAGCCAGGCGUCAUCCGGUGUAUUUGGCCAGACUGCAAAAGACCGUGGGACGCUGUACUUUGCAACAGCCGGCUCGUACUUUGGCAGUGAUAUCCCGGCCACCGGAGCCCAAGUGUUCACGCUCAAAAAGGGUUGUUGA